AUGGAUGGGGAAGAAGUUUGGGAUCCAGAAGAAUCUAUUAACUAUGGAGAAGAAAUGAAGGAAGAUGAAGAGGAUGGAGAAGAAGUUAGGGAAGGAGAAAAGGUUAAGAAUGAAGAACAAGUUAGGGAAGGAGAAGAAGUUAAGGAUGGAGAAAUAGUUUGGGAUGGGGAAGAAGUGAAGGAAGGAGAAGAGGUUAAGGAAGAGGAAGAAGAAGAAGUUUUGGAUAGAGAAGAAGUUAAGGGUAAAGAAGAAAGUAUGGAUGGGGAAGAAGUUUGGGAUGGAGAAGAAGUUAAGGAGGGAGAAAUGAUCAUGGAUGGAGAAGAAGUUAAGGAAGGAGAAGAAAUUAAGCAUGAUGAAGAAGAAAGUAAGGAUGGAGAAGAAACUAAGGAAGGAGAAGAAGUUAGGGAAAGAGAAGAAGUUUGGGAUGGAGAAGAAGUGAAGGAUGUAGAAGAAGUUUGGGAUGGAGGAGAAGAAUCGAAGUAUGGAGAAGAAAUUAAGGACGAAGAAGUUCAGGAAGGAGAAGAAUUUAAGGAAGAAGAAGUUUUGGAUGGAGAAAAACUUAUGGAUAAAGAAGAAAGUAUGAAUGGGGAAGAAGUUUGGGAUGCAGAAGAAUCUACUAAGUAUGGAGAAGAAAUGAAGGAAGAAGAAUUUAAGGAAGGAAAAUAA